GUCAAUAUAUACAUGCGAAUACAUCAUUACACACACUCCAUGCUGGCACAGGUCGUGCUGUAAUAAUCUCAUCACGAUUCACCGAUCAUAGCUUAUAGUGUGUCGGGUUAUUAAAAACGUUGAUAUUUAUUAAAAUUAUACAGUUUCCUAUUUAAUGUUGCGGCAUCUACCUGUUGAAGAAAUAUGGCUACAGCAGGCGGUGAAUACAAUAGUCGAUAUGAGAAAUCUGUCGCAGAGCAACAGAAAAUAAACGCCCAAUUAAGAAAUGAGGCCCAAAUUCCCAGAAAAUCAGCGUCUGUCGCUAUCGAAGAAAUGAUUAAGUUUUGUGAGGAGCAAGCGGAGAAAGAUGUCAUGAUAAGCGGAUUUCGCAAAUUGAGCGAUAAUCCUUAUCGGGAAAAAAGUGGCUGUAUUGUCUUAUGAAAAACAUGAAGUGUUUUCUUGUUGUUAUCAUAAUAUAAAAACAUUUUACACGUAGUUUUAAUGUUUUUUGUUUCUUUGCAAAAUGCUUUAUCUUUAAAUACAU